AUGUCUCAGUUCGGCGCUGAGCGUUCCUCCGCACAGCCUGUGCCACCCAUCGACUCUUUUGUGGAGGUGCUUCCAGUAGCGCCGCAGGUGGAGCGGCGCCGUGGGAUUCUGCGCUUCUACGGUGUUACUGAUUUCGCCGAGGGUGAGUGGGCCGGCGUCGAACUCGUCGGUUGUGAGGGCCGUAACAAUGGUACAGUGAAGGGGAUCUCCUACUUCAAGUGCGCGGCCGGCCAAGGCCUCUUUGUACGACCCAACCUUGUUGUUUCGUAUGCCACAGAGAUCCCGGCGCUGACUUUGGCUGCCGCCGAGGCCGCAGUGACAGCUGACUCGGCAAAGAUGGAGGUGCUGGAAGAGGAGCUGCGUGUUGCGCGCCGCGAGGCAGUGGAGCGGGAGAAACUAAAGGACAGUCUUGAAGAGUCACUGCACAGCCUCCAGGCAGAGCUCGAGCAGCUGAGAGCUGCAGCAUCGCAAGCAGCUGCCAAGGUGGGCACCAACAAUACCGUGGAUAACGCGGCGGCAACGGCCAUGGAAGAUGACGACGACGAUCUCGUGGCGCAAGUGGAACUGGAGGAAGUGCGACUAAAGCUGCAACGCCAGCUGAAGAUCUGCGAGGCGGAGCUGAAAGCCACGAAGCAGUCAGCAAGCGAAGCAGCGGCUGCCUGUGCUGCGGCCGAAAAGCGGGAGAAGGAGGCAGAGAACGCCCGGAAGCUCAGCGAAGCGGCUCAGGCAGCGUUGCAGUCUCGCAACGUCGAGCUUGAGAUGGAACUGUCCCGCGUGCAAGCAGAGCUAAGCUCAGCAGUGGCUCAGCCGAGUCAAUCAGCUCAGGAAUCCUCCGAGGUUGCGGCAGCAGCCUCCGCCGCCUGCCCGGAUCUGCAGACUGCGUUGCGGGUCAAGGACACUGAACUGCUGCAGCCCUACGCUGCUCCUGGAGCAGCAUGUCACACCCACGAGCGGCUCCGAGAAGCGAAGGUACGGGAACAGGAGCGAGUCGAGGCAGCUUAUGCGAGUGAGAUUGCACGCCUGCAAACCGAUAUGGCUGCCAUGAAGGCAGAGAAGGAGGAGCUGCAGGAACUGUGCCAACUGCUGGAAGAAGAACUGAAGGAACAGAAGGCGCAGUCUGAUGCACUCACGCACUUGGUGGAGGAGUUAGGUGCCGCCAAAGCCGAGGCAGAGGCUGCCGUCGAGAGAGAACGGCAGUCAGCUACGCAGGAAAAGCUCCGCCUGGCUCGCGAACUGGAAGAGGCGCGUGUCUGUGAAGUGCGGGCCAUGGCGACAGUCGCACUCGCUGGGGAAGGGGUCGUGGGCCAUCCAAGCACUAGCAGUACCACCACAGAAGCAAAUCCUUCUCUCGAAAUGGCCCUCCAGCAGUGUCGGGAUGAGCUAGACGAGGCACGUACGCGCAUCCUGCAGCUCCGCAGUACCCAGCAGGUGGUCCAGGAGCUGCAGCUCCGCUGCGACGAGCUGACAGAGGCGAUGCGGGUGCAACGCACCGCGGCACAGAAAUCGGACAACGUUGCUCGAGCGACACUCGCGGCAGCGCAGCAGCAGCACGCGCAGCAGGUGGCGCAGCUGCGUGAUGUCUGUGAGGCGGCACAGCGUGAGGCGGCAUCGCUCGCUACCCAGCUCAAUCUCGCAGCAGCUGCACAGGGAGCGAACAGCGGCCACUCCACCGUGGCCGCGGCACUCUCUGGGACCCCGCUGGACGCUUUCCGCGAGGCCCGCUACGAAGCACGCAUCCGCUCACUGGAGCAGCUGUUGCUCGAGUGCCACGCAGCACGCAUGUCGUCGGCGCUAUGGGACGUGUCUGCCCCUCACACACGAGCGUGGCGCGGUUUCGAGGUGCCGCUAGCAUCUCUGAAGGAGCCAGUUGGAAGGCUCCUGGACUUCAGUACCCAUGAGGCGUGCGUCACAUCUACUAAAGCUCUCUUUCAGACACCAACUGCGCUGCACUAG